AUGCAUGCAAAUGGUGGAAGUGCCUAUUAUUACCAACAACCAAGAUUUGGAACACUUCCCCCACUUUCUUCUUCAUCUCCCCAAUCCCAUCAUUAUGCCACUAGUACAAUUUUGGAUGAUGAACCAGUGUGGGCUAGAGCAGAUACAAUAGAUCCUAGACAAAGAAGUCCCCCUCCCCAUGGAUAUCAGCCUCCUUCAGUCCGUGGGGCAACACCUCAACAAAUGACUGUAGUACAUUCGAGUGCUAAACCUGUACCAGAUUCUGAUAUUUAUAGGGUUGGAAUUUAUGGGUGGAGAAAGCGUUGCUUGUAUGCAUUCAUUCUUGCUUUAACCCUUGUUGUUUUUAUAAACCUGGCCUUUACAUUUUGGAUUAUGACUGUACUUGAUUUUUCAUUGGAUCAAGCUCUCUCCAUAGAUUCAGCUUUAGGAGUUUCUAUUAGCGCUCAUAACCACACCGGGCAUUCAACAGCCGCAUUACAUUUACAAUCCGAUGGGAAAGCACAAAUGAUUUGUGACCGUUUUGAGGUGCUAGAUGAACAGAAAAAGUCGCUAUUUUUUGUUGACUCGAAUGAGAUUGGAUUGAAGCUCGAAAAUCUUCGGAUAUUAGGUAAGCAAUUUGGCGGAGGAGAGAGACUAUUGAAUGAGAGUAACAAUUUUUCGUUGGCUAAGUGGGUUAAUUCCCAGUUCUCCCCCAGGAAGGGUCAUGGGAUCGAAUACGCUCAUUGA